AUGCGGCUCUCCGAGCUUCAGACCCCGACAUAUCUUUGUGCGAGUGAGUGGCACGAGGGGCAGGGAGCAAAGUGCCUAUGCAGGAUUCCACAUCAAAGCAGCCGCUCAUUAUUAGCGCAUCUUGGAGGGUCAUCUCUGAUGAAGAUUGGCAGCAUAGCAGAUGCUGCUUUUGCCGCAGAGAGGCGUUGUGAUACCAUGUGGAUUCCUGAGGGCGUUGCCCUGGUGGUCUUUGCGCUCCUCGCCCUUUGUGGUGUCGCCAGCAUAGAGGCUCUCAUAGCGCAUCGUAACUUGAUGAUCCAACGAAGGGCGGAAGAGCGUGCAAGCCCACAAGAGCUUGUGAUCAUGUCCACUCCAAAUGCGCAGCUGUAUGCGGGGACAUCGCUGGCCGUGGGUUUCGCUGCUCUUGUCAUGACAACGCAAACUGUGGCAGUGGCAAUCUUGAUCAGGUUUGGUACCACAGAGAGCGUUGUGUGGACUAUGAUUGCAAGUUCUGGUGUCUUUGGCGUCUUUGGGAUUUGCCUCUUCUACACUGUGCUUUGCCGAAACCAGUUGGUUCAGUCUUGCUUGAACGUGAGAAUUUGUGUGUGCAACAGGCCUUCCACUGCACGCGUCACAGGUUUGUUGGCUGCUGGUGUGUUUGCUUAUGUGCUUGCCAUCGCAGUCUGCCUUCUACGGUCGGCAGUGGUGGGGGGUUCGCUCAUGGAUGCCAUUAAGGUCAUUGCUGUCGCGGUGAGUGCAAUGGUUGGUCCAAUCAUGAGCCUUUUGAAGGCGCUCAGAAGCUCCUUGGAAGCAGAGCAGGCUUCUGUUCAGAUCAAGAUGAAGGUGGAGGUUUUCGAAGAUGUUGUGCAAGCAGCAUCCGGAGAGGUAGUCUCAACCACAGAUCCUCCAGGGAAAAGGCCAAGUGACAGAAAAGCAGAACUUCAAAAGUGGAAGACCAUGAGAUGGAGCACAGUGGUCAGUCUAUGUCGGUCUGAUAACUUUCUGAAGAUUGAGAGCUCGAGUGAAGAUGUCAAUGAUCCAAGCGAAGGUGGCGAGUUGCAUCUAGUGAAGGACAUUGCUUGGCAUCGCAAGAUGAUUUGGAGGCUAACUGGAUCGAGUGCAGGCUUUUUGAUUGUGCCCAGCUGCCUCUUGGCCGUCACAUUGACUCUGUCUACCACACUGGUGCAGACUGCUUUGUACGGAUGCUCUCGUGGUGAGCUGCAAAUGUUGGAGGUUGCUGCCUAUGACGAUCUGCACUUUGCAAAGUGGCAAGAUCACUAUGUCGUCUACUCGGACGCCUCCUACCAGAGGUCUUUCACAAUGGUUACUGGUGAUACCUAUGCAAAGACACUGGAGAUCCAAAUGAGUGAUGGACCUCAAUACCAAGGGGAUGAAUACGAGCAAGAUCUAUCCAACUCGACAGCUGAAGUCAUCACGGUCAAAAUAGGGGAGAUGAGCAUCCCUCGAGUUGUCAAUGUCAGCGCCCAGGGAAAUCGGCAAAGUCAGGAGGGCACCAACUACUCAGUACUUUUUUCUCCACAGAAGAAGCUACCACUGUUCUUGCGGGUCUCAGAUCGAUUUGGCUCCUUCAAGAGAUGCGUCUCUUGGGGAGCUCUCACAGACAGUGAGCUCAGCAUCCCACCGGAUUACGGCAACCUGAACGUUUCCGUGGUCUUCGCCGACUUUGCCCUGGGUCCUCCAUACUCUCCCGGGCAUAUUCUGCCAAAUGCCUCAAAGGUUGCAUUGGACACCACUUGGACAACUUUUGAAAGUGGAUCUUCUCAAAAUCUGGAGCAAUGCAAGAAGAGGCGUAUUGGGCAGAAGGGCUCAGUGCCAAGACAAGCUGCCUUGGUCUUUGAAAUGUUCCGUGCCUCUGGCUCACAGCCUUCAUCGGAGGCGGCGCGAGUGGUGUUGCGGCGAGGUGCACCGGUUGCCAUGGAUGUCCUGGUGAGUUUAGUUGGACACUCCUCAUCGCAACAGGAAGAGAUCCCCUGCAAUGGCUCCGUCACAGAUGAAGGCAAUCUGGUUGUGCAGGUCUCAGAGUAUGACCCAAUGACAUAUAAGCUGCUGACAUUGGUCAUUGUUCCCAUUCUCGCAGACAAGCACUUCAUCGUGCAAUAUGGUGCGCUGCCGGCAGGUGCCACAGACGCAGACGACUCCAACUUGCCGCACUUUGCCCGCUGCACGGAGAGCACUCUGUUGCAAGAGCGCUACAGACCAUGUAAUGGGCCUGGCCAGUGGGAGACCCAGCCUAUUUCCUUGAACAUCUCACGUUGGUUCCCAGACCUUGCUCCUCAAUUUGAGAUCGUUCCCAGAACUGAUGCCAUGGCAGAAAGCAACCUUUGGCCUUUGAAAGCUUGGCACAAAGUUGAAGUGCAGUUUGCCGGCGUUGAUCGCCCCGCAGCUUGGUCGGCCAGAGAUCAUGGGUGUGAGCUAUUCUCCAAGAAUACAAACCAAGAAGAAUGGGAUCGUGCAAUGACCCAAUCAGCAGAUGCCUUGUGUACCUUGCUGGCGGCUGGCUGCAUGCAGCACUACACGACAAGAUUCUGUAGUAUCGUCGAGGCUGCUUUGAGAGGUGAUAUGCCGGAGAUCAAUCCAGGAAUCCCCCCAGUGGCAUUUCUUCAGGCUGUUGCAUGCUUCAAGCCCUUUGACCAACAGAAGGUAUGCUUUGGGAAUGUUGGGCCAAGAAACUGGCAGUACGACUCUGUCAACUUGCUAUUCCAUGGUGCGAUGAGGGGAGGACGUCAGUCGGUGUCCAUUCCGCGAGAGAUUCUGUUUUCCUCCUUGAUGAGCUUUGACAGCAAAGAGGAGGAACCAACAUACCUGAAUGCCUCAUUUGACGUCAUCGUUGAGAUGUUUCUGGACACCUUAGACCGCAACCAACUUCCUCGUCACAACGUUAUCGAGCUGUUCUUCGGUGGGGCUUUGCGGACAGGUUGUUGGGGUCUCAUCGAGAAGUUGAUGGUGAAAGCAAAGAGCAGCCGAUCCACCAAUCCUUUCGCCAAUUUCAGAGAGAAGGCAAAGGGCGCCUGGGAGGGUCUCCUUUUGAGAAGAGGUUCUCCAAGGUUCAAUGCUUCACAAUGGCUCAUCAAGAUUUCAGAGACUUUUGGACCCGAAAUGCUCAAGAACUUAGUUCAGGUCGCAGUACGUGAAGGUCAUUAUCUUUCCGUUCCCCAGGCUAUGACUUCUUUCUUGAAGUUCAGUGGAAAGGGUCUUCAGGAACUCGACAUUGAUCUACUGACACCACUCGCAGUCAGUGACCUUGGCAUCAUUUUGAAGUGGACUCCCAACCUUAACACCUUGUUCGUGAAGUGCUGGAACUGCGGGCCAAGGCAGUCAAGCAUGUCCCAUCAAGAUGGCUUCUUCUCGGCGCUCGCCAAGCUCCCGAAGUUGCGAAGAAUGGAACUGCCAGCAUUCACCAUGUCUGUUCCUGUUUUUGAGCACUUUGUAGAAACCCUUCUUCGACGAGAUCAGCUGGCAGAAAGAGUGCCUAUGCGGAAGCUCUACCUUCAUGCAUUUAAGGAGGAGCAGCCCUUCGAACCCAGACUUAUCGGGGCCUUUGCGCCAAUUUGCAUCAUUCACUUGGAGGUAGCAGGUUUUCUAAAGACCGCAGAGGAUGCACGAACAGUGGAAGAAGCAUUCAAGGCAUCCAGCCAAACCAGCAAUUCUACCACUGCUUCGGGGCAGCCUUGGUCGUGUCUGAAGAGUAUGAGGCUGGAGGAUUUGCACAAGUUCCAGAAUGAAUCCAAGGCAGUGGAAGAUGCAAUCAAGCACUUCCCCAACAACGUUUAUCUGAAGGACCACUAG